AAAGAAAAACAAGAUCAUCUGCGCCUCAGAGGCAGAGAGGACAGAGACCAUCUGACAAGGUUCCUUACAAGGAGCAUCAGGUCCAGGUCGUCAGCUUACACUUGGAUUAAAAAAAAAUGCUUUUUCUCCUGGCCUUCUGUUUCUACUUCAGAUUUAAUCAAGUGACCCCCUUAGCCUUGGACCCAUGUUCGGCUUAUAUAAGUCUGAAUGAGCCUUGGAGAAACACAGACCACAUAUUUAAUGAAUCCCAAGACAAACCAAUGUGCGACAACCACCUGGAUGGAGAGUGGUAUCGGUUCACUGGCAUGGCUGGGGACGCUAUGCCAACAUUUUGUAUACCAGAAAACCACUGUGGCACACAUGCCCCAAUCUGGCUUAAUGGGAGUCACCCAAGUGAAUCGGAGGGCAUUGUGCAAAGACAAGCCUGUGCCAGUUUCAGUAAUAACUGCUGCCAGUGGAACACAACUGUGGAUAUCAAGGCCUGCCCAGGAGGAUAUUAUGUCUACCGACUAACAAAGCCAAAUGUUUGCUUCCAUGUCUAUUGUGGACACUUCUACGAUAUCUGCGACGUGAUGGAGUGUGGAGGAACCUGUCUGGACACUGGAGAUUGUGUAUGCAGUUCUGGGACAGUUCUCGGUCCUGAUCGGCAAACAUGUCUGGAUGAAAAUGAAUGUGAGCAUGAUAAUGGUGGUUGCAGCGAGAUCUGUGUCAAUCUGAAGAACUCCCAUCGUUGUGAUUGUGGAAAGGGACGAGUGCUUGGGAGAGACGGCAAAACGUGUGAAGAUAUUGAGGGAUGUCAGCACGACAAUGGAGGCUGCAGUCACACCUGUGCGCCAUCUGGUGAUUCAUACCAGUGUCUGUGUCCUCGGGGGCUUAUCCUGUCUGAGGAUAACCACACAUGUCAAGUUCCAGUGUUGUGCAAGCCGAGUUCCAUAGCGGUCUCUGUCCCAAAGGAUCUAGUUGGUGGACUGGAACUGUCACUUACUAAUUCCUCCUGCAAGGGUGUUUCCAAUGGAACCCAUGUCAAUAUCAACUUCAACCUCAAGACUUGUGGGACGAAUAUCAAUGUAGUAAGUGAUAAGAUCGUUGCUACCAACCUAGUCACCGGCAUGCCCAAGCAGACCCCAGGCAGCAAUGGAGAUAUUAUAAUACGUACAAGCAAAAUACUUAUUCCUAUUACAUGUGAGUUCCCUAGACUUUACACCAUCACAGAAGGAUACGUACCUAAUCUUAAGAACACUCCGCUGGAAAUUAUGGGUCGCAACAGAGGUACCUUUCCCUUCACCCUGGAAAUUUUCAAGGACAAAGAUUUUGAUGAGCCUUACAGGGAAACUCUGCCGACACUUAAACUCAGAGACUCCCUUUACUUUGGCAUUGAACCUCUGAUGCGUGUCAAUGGACUGGAAACCCUAGUGGAGAGUUGUUUUGCGACACCAAGUUCCAAAAAUGAUGAAAUCUUGAAAUAUUAUCUAAUUAAAGAUGGUUGCGUUUCAGAUGAGGCUGUAAAGCAAUACAUAUCAAAAGAUCAUCUUGCCAAACACUUUCAGGUCCCAGUGUUUAAAUUUGUGGGGAAGGACAACAAGGAAGUGUUCUUACAUUGCCAAGUUCUGGUCUGUGGGGCUGCAGAUGAGCGAUCUCGAUGUGCUCAAGGCUGUCGCCGGAGAAUGCGUAGAUCAGCAGAUAUAAAAGAAGAAACAAGUCACCUCUCAACCCAUCUUCUUACUGGAGGCCCCAUAAUAAUAGACACAGAGGAGUAGUUUUUCUUCCAUUCAGAACCACAGUGCUGUAUAUAAAAUGCUUGAACACAAA